GCACUCUCUCACUGUCUCACGCCACACCAAACCACUUCCUCUGAACUAAAAAGAUGGCGUCCAUGAAACACGUUCAUCUCUUUCGUCGCUACCUCACCAUCGCUCUCACUCUCUUCCAAAGCCUAAUCUCGUGUCUCUUCAAUUUUCCGAUACUAAUCAAGAUCGCCGAUUCGUUCUUAUCACUGUAUUUCAUGAUUUUCUGCGAUCUCCGACCCGUAACGGUCGAUCUAGACGACGGAGAAACCACCGUCCAUUUCUGGAUCUCCGGCCACCGAAGAAUCUCACGGCCCAAUCUCGUCAUGCUCCACGGUUACGGAGGAAACUCCAAAUGGCAAUUCGUUCACCAAGUCUCCGAUCUCUCGAAGUCCUUUAACCUAUUCAUCCCCGACUUGGUGUUCUUCGGAAAAUCAUACACCAAGAAUGCAGAUCGGAGCGUUGAGAUUCAGGCGAGGAGCAUCGCCGGAGGGCUGAAGAAGCUAGGCUGCGACGGAAGAGGAAGGGGGAGGAUCUCGGUGUACUCGAUUAGCUACGGUGGAUUCGUGGCGUAUAAAAUGGCGGAGAUGUGGCCGGAGAUGAUGGAGAAGUUGGUGAUCGUGAGCAGUGGAGUGGGAUUUACACAGCAGGAGAAGACGGCGGAGAUGACAAAACACGGGAGAGAUUGUUGUUCGAAGAUGCUUGUUCCGAAAACUCCUAUGGAUCUACGGAUGUUGGUUAAGAUCUCGACCAACACCGGUUUAGUGUUCGUAGAUUGGAUACCAGAUUUUAUCCUCUCCCAAUUCAUAGCUGUAAUGUAUGAGAAAAAUCGGCAGGAGCUUCUUGAAUUAGCUAAAAACUUGCUGGAAAGAGAAGAAGCAGAGUUGCAUGUAAUAUCACAGAAAACGUUAAUUGUUUGGGGAGACAAGGAUAAGGUAUUUCCAUUAGAGCAUGGUUAUCGGCUGCAAAGGCAUCUGCAAAAUUCAAGAUUAGAGAUAAUCAAAGAAACUGGACAUGCUGUUAAUGUUGAAGCACCAACUACUCUUAAUAAUUUGAUUACUUCGUUUGUCUUAAGCGUUUGAUCUUUUAUUUUCUAUAUCCAUCUCUACCAACUAUCUAUAUGUCACUUGGUUUUAUAUAUUUGUUGUUAUCGUUUAAAAGUAUACAUAUUAUGGAGAGUGGACACACAAUUAUUGUUUGUUUUUCUUCA